GAUCUUAGUUACCUUAAAACUCGAGAACUGGUGAAUCGAUUUAGACAAUUUUAGUCUUGAAAUACUCCUCGUAGUUCAGAGAUGCUCACCCCAACGUACGUCUAUUCAUGUCUCACAGUGGACUGUUAGGAACAACAGAAGCAGCACACCAUGGGGUUCCGAUGAUUGCUACCCCAAUCUAUGGGGACCAGUUUAUAAAUGCAGCGGCCAUCGAGUCACGUGGCAUGGGCCGAAUUUUGAACUACGAAGAUCUUAAUGAAGAACACAUUACUCAAACAUUGAAUGAAGUUCUGAAACCCAGUUAUUUACAAAACGCUAAGCGAGUUUCUGCCAAUUUCUUAAACCGACCUCAAUCACCAAUCGACUUGGCCGCUUGGUGGACAGAACGUGUAGCUGAGGUAGGCAUCGAAAGUCCACCUCUUUGGAGAUCAGAAGCUGUUGAUAUGUGCUGCAUCCAAUAUUAUAUGUUGGACGUGUAUGCAUGUUUAUUGAUUAGCAAUUCUGGAGAAUUUAAGGAUUCAAAGAAAUACUGA